AUGCGAGCAACGGCGAAGGACCCCCACCGCGGAGCCGUCCUCGUUUUCUUGCCCGGGCUCGGAGAGAUCACGCAGCUGAUGUCCAAGCUAACAGAUGACAGCACAAUGUCAUCGAAGUGGUGGGUCUUGCCGCUUCAUGCCAAUCUUCCACCCGAGGAGCAGCAGCUGUGCUUCAGCACGUCACUACCGGCAGGUUGUACGCGGAAGAUCAUCUGCUCAACGAACGUCGCAGAGACUUCUGUGACUGUUCCUGACGUUACCGUGGUCAUCGACACCUGCCGAGAGCGUCGGAACCAGGUUGAUCGACACAGCAACACACCGAUGCUACGCGAGCAGUGGUGUGCCCUGGAUUCCUUGAAGCAGCGCCGCGGUCGCGCUGGACGCGUCCAGCCCGGGGUUUGUCUGCGGCUCCUCCCGGAGAGGCACUUAGAGCGCUUGGAUGCCGUGUCGCCCCCGGAGAUGCAGCGAGUGCCAUUGGAGAACGUCUAUCUGCAGGUGUGCGCCAGCGGCAUCGACGACAGGCCCGGUUUCCUGGCAAAGACGCCGGAUCCGCCCGACGAGCUCUCGGUGCUCUUCGCGGAGGCGGCAUUGCGCGACCUCGGGGCGCUCGACCCGUCACAGCCCGACGGCCUGACGCCGCUUGGCCGCCACUUGGCUGCCCUGCCCUGCCACCCGCGCCUGGGCAAGAUCCUGGUGCUCGGUUGCCUGCUGGGUGAGCCGAGCCCCUGCUUGAGCAUUUGUGCCGCAAUGUCUGUGCGGAAUCCGAUGAUGACGACUCAGGACACCAGCAAGCGGGCGAGCUGGCAAAGCGCAAGGAUGGAGAUGGUGGCAGAAAUCGGGACCCGGAGCGACCACUGCGCGUGGGCUCACAUCGUGCAAGAGUGGCGCUUCGGCGACAUGAAGCAGCGGGAGCUCUGCAAGAAGCUGGGGCUCUCCUUCGAGCGCAUGGCCUCCUCCAUGUUCGAGCGCCGGCACUUGCUCGAGUCCUUGGUCCAAGUGGGACUCCUUCCGGGGAACUUCAAGGACUUGGAGUGGGAGCAGAAGAACAAGGUUCCGGACUGGAACCUCGUCCGUGCCGCUGUGGUUGGGGGCCUGUACCCCAACAUCAUCCACGUCUCGCGGAGUCCCCCGAAGUUCCAGAGUGCGACCAUGAUGGACAAGGCCAAGUACCUCACCUACCAAGUGCUGCAGAGGCACGUGAAGAUGGAACAGCAAUCCUAUCCAAAGCGCCUCAACGUGCAUCCGAACUCGCUGAUGUUUGGCCACGAUCAGUUCCAUUGCCCGUGGUUAGCCUACUAUACCAUCCAGCAGACCAGUAAGCUCUAUGCCUACGACGUCUCGGAGGUGAGCCCUUUUGCUCUGCUCCUGUUCGGCGGUGAGCUGGAGCCAAAUCACGGUGGCAUCGAGGUGGGGAAGUGGGCCACCUUCAAGUGCCGGGGCGGCAAGCAGCUCCUGCCCCUCCUGCAGGCUGCGCGUAAGGCCAUCCAGGACGUCCUGGAGCGAAAGCUCGAGGACUUGAAGUUCGAUCUCAGCAGCUCCAAGGAGCUGCGUGCGUGCAUCGAGCUGCUCAAGUGCAAUGGCCUAGGCUUUCGCAAAGAGGACCCAGCCGACAUUGUGCGGUGCAGUGACGGGCAGGAUCGUGAGUUCAACGAGUUCGAGAACGAGACGGCUUACAUGACGCGGAAGGCCUUUGACCCCUUUGACCUAUCGCAAGACUUCGUCAUGAGACUUUGGAAGGAUGACGAGCAGCAAGAGCGCAUGAACAAAGUGUGGCCCGGAGCUUGCGCAGUGCCUUCGUGCGUUUCCCAAGAUGCCACUCACUCUUCACCUGCCGAAGCCCACAGUGCAUACAUCUUGGUUACCAGCUCUGUCCGCCAGUCUGUUCACACCCGAACCGUUCCUGGCAGAUUGCCCCUGUUCCUGUUUCGCAGCUUGGUGUCGGCUUUGCUGCUGUUGAAGCUGCUAAGCGGGUGCCAGUGGCGCGGCUCCACGAUGCCCAGGCUUUUGCGCUGGGCGCCCUUAGCGCCCUUAGCUCUCCUUUCGCUGGGCGUUUCUGGCGAGGGAGCCGGCUCCAUAUCGCCCCAUCACGGCCAAACCAGCCACAGUAGAAGCACGCCGCAGGCGAAGGCCCACCACCAGGAGCGGCAAGCGAUUUCCAAGGCCGCAGACCACCAGACAGUCCUGCUCGAGCGGAGCGACCCCAAGCCCGAGAGCAAGGCAAAUAGUAGCAAGGGCAGCCCGAAGGAGCUAACGUGCCAACCCGACUCUGAGCUCUUUCAGCAAGUUGUCGCAAGUAAAGACAGGAAGCUCUUCUUCAGUGAGAGGAAGGCCACGACAGUCCCCUUGCAGGACAUUCUGGGAAUUCCACGUUCAUGUGAAAGCUGGAAAGACAAACCGCAGUGCUGCACGAGGAUGUUUUACAAGCGCCUGGGUGAUGAGACCCAGCCCAUGGCAAAGGAGCUCGCAUACGUCCAGGAUCAGUACAGACACUUCAGAGAGGACACCGUUCAGUUUGCGUUGGAGGCGCAGACGGAUAAGCAGUCACCUGAGGCAGAACGGUUGAGGGAAGCAGCGGACAUAGCACAACGAGGCAUAGAGCACGUUCUGGACUUCAUCAAUCAAUGUGAAGAUCCGCUCCGCCUGUUCUUCACGUCUAUGGCGUGUUCUCUUUGUCGGCCUAACUUGGACGAUUACCUGACUGAAGGGACGAUCCUGCAGAUCAGUGGAGAAAACGUGACUGAGCUGGCGAAGAACUGCUCCAUGAUGCCAAAAAAGCUGAAAAAAGCAGGAAAGCUCUUCAUGGAAGCUCGCAAUGCUCUCAGGGAGAACAACACUUGCCAGGAGCGUUGGUACGUGCAUACUCAAACCUGGCUUGACCGAGCCGCGAGGUUGUCGCUGCUCCGGUCCAAGGACAUUCGACCCAAGUAUGUCGAGAGCACCUUUCUCAAGGCAUUGCAAAGCAAGGGCUAUGUCUACGAGCCCGAGGAGUGGGGCGACGUCCUUCUGCUCCACAUCUCCGUCCUCGCGACAGAUGACGAGAGACGUACCUUCGUGGCGCAAGAUGAGUUGCGGUUCUUCGUGCCGAAGGAAUCAAGGAUCCAAGACAUGCGAGAGAAAGCAAAAACUAUUGACGACCCCGACUUCUCGGCGGACGCGGACGACGAAGGCGCGAGCAACAAAGACGUCGACGACGACGACGACGACAACGUCACUGCAGCAGCCAACAACGGUGCAAACUCGCUGUCCGAGCUCGGAGAGACGUCUGAGAUGUCCGAGGACCAGGAGCUGAAGUGUGUGAACGGCAAGAAGCGGCGCUGGCACUGCCAGUGCAACCACUGUUGGACAGGGCCUAGCUGCAACGUGAAGAUGGUCGAGGGCCCGGCCAUCAACCAGGAGUUUGAGCCGCUAGUGGCAGAGAGGGCGGCCGGAGCAGGAGGGUAUCACCAGGAGCUGGCCGUGCAAGGUUGUCAACUGCACACGGACCUCCGCUACCAGUUGGCCCGCGUCACCUUGGUCCCGAUUUGUGAUGUCGCCGAGGGGAGGAGGAAGACCGAGGAUCUGUGCAAGACACCGCAAAAUAGCUACAGCAACGCACUGCGCUUGAAGAUUCCGUCGAGGGUGUCACGCAGGCAGUACGUCUACUCGAUCGAUGCCCCCAUCGGUGCCUUCGCAAGGUAUGAAGUUUGCUACUGCUACGGAGUGGCGUGCUUUGACGACAAAGACUGGCAGACGAAAGAAAGCUUAGCGGGAUGGUCCAGCGUGGGCCAAGUGGAAGUGGUCAACACGGAAGAAGAGCGUGAUGAGAUCGUCUUGAAGAUGUUCGAACCUUCGGCCCUGAAGGCUCGAUGGAUCCGGGAGCAGCCCCCCAAGCUCUGUAAAACAGAUUGGUACUUGAAGGAGCAGGAGACGUUCUUUUUCGUCCGCCGGGGGCAAAACGUCUUCUUCAACUGCAGCGAGGGCUUCCAAAACCUGAAGGGGGUCGAGCAGCUGACUUGCCACAAUGGGGCCUGGAAGGUGGCCAAACAUUCCGAGGACAACCCCAUGGAGCAAAAACUCUCGCCCCCGGACAUGGCGGUCUGGGAGCAGGGACAGUUUCCCGAGUGUUCUUGGAAACACGCGGGCAGCUGCACGACGGACGAUCCCCUAAGCGUGGUAUCGCCUCGAAGUCCUCCGAUUACCAACGACUUCUCCGGUGAUGGCCGGGUACACUACCGGUGCAACCCUAAAAAGGGCACUGGGCAGCCCAUGCGCCUGGUGGUCUGGGAGCCAGAGCUGAACCUCACCAAGGGAGCGCAGGUCAUCUACGACCGUAGCAAGGUCGCCGAAGUUCUGAGCUUCGAAGAGAAGAAGUACCAGGUCAAGUUGCUGGAAAGUGGCGAGGAGAAGACCGCGGAGCCGGAGAAAAUAGAGUGGCUACCGUCAGAAACGAGCUACGUGCGUUGGUGUGGCGAAGGAGGUAAGUACGAGCCGAGCCAGGUAAAGAUCCGCUGCUUGCUGGUCCUGCCUUCUGAGACCGAGAAGGAGGAUGCCGACGAUCAGCAAGCGGCCAAGGGUGACUAUGCCUCGGGUGCUUUCGUGCCCGAGCAGGAGGCAACGACCACGACCACGAAGAAGCCGGCGCCCGCCUCGCUACUGGAGCAGAGUGGCUCCUCUCUUCUUGAGGCCUCUGCCAGUGGCGGCGGUGUCCGCGCGAAAGCCGUGCAAGUUGAGCAGGCUGUGGACAGAUCUCCGCCGCUGCAGCUGCAGCCAUGGCCGGUGAUGUUUUCUCAAGAUGCAGAACACGUCCUCCGCGUGGACAGCUGCUGGAUGAGUGCCAUUAACUGCAGCGACGGCACCGUUGCGAAGGACACCGUCCGGUCAUUGCAGAGGGAGUCUGUGAUGCUGGAGCCACCGGCCACCUCCGAGGAGGCGGUCCAACGCUGUGCCGCGCUGGCUCUCAUUCUCGGUCUCAUGCUGCUGGGCUGGCGGGCGGCUCAGGGGUCGGAUCCGCAGGGCGUCGCGGGGUGCGCGGCGCCUGGAAAGGUCAAGCCAAAGCCCUUCGGAGACCGGCAAGCGCCGGAUGUCGAAGUGACGUGGAGGCGGAGGCCCCUGAUCAAUGCAGGUCGUGCUCUAAAGUCCGAGUCGGAGCCCUGGUUUGUGAAGGACAUCUACGAGGCACUUUUCCAUUCUGGAGAGAUGUUCUUCGGCGGCUUUCCAGGGGGCGAUGGCUUCCCCGGCAUGCCGGGGAAGGGCGGAGGCCGGGGCAAGAACGCGGACACGACGAAGUUCUACAAGCUCCUCGAGGUGGAUAAGAAUGCCUCAGAGGCCGACAUCAAGAAGGCAUACAGAAAGCUGGCCGUGAAGCAUCACCCUGACAAGGGCGGUGACCCGGAGAAGUUCAAGGAGAUCACCAGAGCCUAUGAGGUUCUCAGUGAUUCCGACAAGCGUUCGAAGUACGAUCGUUUCGGUGAGGAAGGCCUGGACAACGACGGGCCUGGCGAUGCAGGAGACAUCUUCGAAGCCUUCUUCGGGGGAGGCGGCCGCCGGGGUGGAGGCGGACAGCGAAGGCGCCAGAAGACCAAGGAUGUGGUUCAGAACCUCAAGGUCACACUGGAGCAGAUGUAUGUUGGCGCCACGAAGAAGAUGGCCAUCACUCGCCAGGUCAUCGACAAGAAGAAAGGCGUCCAGGAGUGUCGGGAAUGCGACGGCCGCGGCGUGAAGGUCGAGGUUGUGCGCAUGGGGCCCAUGAUUCAGCAGAUGCAGUCGCAGUGCCACUCUUGUGGUGGCCAGGGCAAGAGCUUCCAAACGAAGCAGGAGAGGGAGGUGCUGGAGGUGCACGUGCAGAAGGGCUCGCCAGAUGGCCACAAGGUCACCUUCAGGGAAAUGGCAGACGAGCACCCGGAUGCGGACGCCGGAGAUGUGAUCUUCGUGCUGAAGCAGCAGGAGCACGCCGACUUCAAGAGGAAAGGCGCCGACCUCUACGUCGAGCGCAAGAUCUCCCUGGUCGAGGCCCUCUGCGGCUUCCAGAUGGAGCUCACGCACCUGGACGGCCGGAAGCUUCUCAUCAAGACGCAGCCAGGUGAGAUCGUGAAGCCCAUGUCCCAGGGCUUCGACCCUCUGGCCAAAGAGGAGAGCAAGACCGAGUGGGAAGUCAUCGAGGAUGCAGACUGCCCCUCCGUAGAGAAUGUCGCGCAGGCGGACACCACGGACAUCGACACGCUCAAGAAGGCGUGCGAGACCCAACUCAAGCGAAAGGGCAUCGACGUGGGGUGCUUCGUCGUCGAUGGCCAGCGUGCCUACUUUAAGCAGUGCUCCCGCGAAGAGGCUCUAGCAGCCAAAAAGACGCGCCGUGGCAGCACGAUGUACGUCCUCCCUGAUCCAGAUGCCAAGAAGUCCUUCCGCAUGAUGAAGGCUGUCAAGGAUGAGGGCAUGCCUACCUACAAGAACCCGUUCGUCCAUGGCAAUCUCUUCCUGAUCCUCACCAUUGAGUUUCCGGACAUGCUCUCUCCAGAGAACCAGACAGCUAUGGCAAAGCUGCUGCCACCGCCGCUGAACGUGCCAAAGUGGACGGAGGACGACAAGGAUGUCGAAAUUCACAUGGUGACCGACAUCGACCCAGUGCAGUCCUUCAACUCAAACAAGGUCAACAUGCAAGCGGGCGGUGAGGCCUACGACGACGAUGAGGAGGAUGGUCCUCGUGGGGGCCCUGGUGGUCCUGGUGUGCAGUGCCAUCAGCAGUGA